AUGAGAUGUUUUUUCUUUCAGCUGCGGCUGGUAUCACUCAAUACAAGCUGCUCUGCACUUAUUCUGAGGUUCCUGCGGUCAAAUUAUGAUCUCAUAUAUCGCUUGGUUUUAUCUCCGCUGUUCUUGAAUACCGAUGAAUACACUGAGGAAGAGGAGAACGUUGUGUUAAAAAAUUUGAAAGUCACCGCUCAGGGGCUUGUGCUGGAAUUAAGUGCCAUUGAAAUAUCUUCGCUGUUGCAGAGUCAUUACUAUAGUCAAUGUAAAUGUUAUUUUCACGUGAUGCUUUCGCAGAAGGGAGAAGCAGCAAUGGAGCAAGAAGAUUCUGUGGAUAAUCUGGCUACAUCAACAGUAGCAACAAGUGAACGGAUUGAUUUCGACUACACCCCUAGCGGGCAAACUAAUGAAGAAGAAUGGCCGUUGUUGUGGAGGUUGUUAAAGGUGAAAACAAACGUUAAGGAAAUGGAUAUGCCAGUGAUGGAAAUGAUUAGUGCAAAGAAGCUGCAGAAGAUCUUGUCAUUGUGUAUACGGCCAACAUCAGCUAACGUGCAGCAAUGCGAUAUUGAGCAUCUGAACUGGCUGCUACACAGAGAAUCGAUUGUUGUGGCAAACGAAAUGCAACCCGAGUUUUGUUCUGUCAUUUCGAAGGAGUCGAAACAGCUUCUGCGAUACUGUGUAAAUUAUAAUCUGAGCAAAAAUGCAGAGGCGUCGAUGCGGCAGCUGGUUUCCGGAUGGCUUUCAUUCGUGAAUGUUUUUGCUAUAUUUGCUCCUGAUAUGGAGGAUGAUAUUGGCGUCUUCAGAACAGUCAUCAGUGAACUUGUUGACGUUCUAAUCCAGUUUUUAACUCAGCCAAGUAGGCGAUCAUUACAAACCAAGUUGGAUUUGUACGCUUGUAUUUCGUACAUCUUAAGCUGUUCUACUGAACCAUUUGAUACUGAGGAAACAACAAAAGGUGCUACGCAGCUUUCCCGUGAUUUUUUCUUCGGAAUGGCACGUGUCAAGAUUGCGCAGCAAGACCUUUUACGGGCGUCAUUUACGAAAUAUGGUCAUGAAUUAAUAUCGGUAGUGUCAAAUGAUAUCUGCGACUCACCGCAUGAGCUAAGAGUAAGUUUUGUGUCAAAGUCGGACUAA